AUGGCUGAUCGCGAAGUCCUCCCGGAGUCCAUCCGGCCCUCCCACUACGAAAUCGUCCUCAACGCCCUCGAGAUCAAGCUCCUCAGCGCAAAGAUCGCCGUCGGCCACACAAAGUCGACGCAAUCAUGGGAGACCUCCAACUUCAGCUACGGCGAGAAGCAGCAGCGCGCCACCAUCACCUUUGACGAGGAGAUCCCCCAGGCCCAGAAGGCUGCCCUCACCAUCGAAUUCGAGGGAAUCAUCAACAACGAGAUGGCCGGUUUCUACCGCAGCAAGUAUAAGCCCACCGUCGAGCCCGCCAAGUCGGUGCCCCGCGACGACGAGUGGCACUACAUGUUCAGCACCCAGUUCGAGUCCUGCGACGCCCGCCGCGCCUUCCCCUGCUUCGACGAGCCCAACCUCAAGGCCACGUUCGACUUUGAGAUUGAGAUCCCCGACGACCAGGUCGCCCUCAGCAACAUGCCCGUCAAGGACACUAAGAAGACCAAGGAAGGCUGGCAGCUCGUCUCCUUCGAGACCAGCCCCAAGAUGAGCACCUACCUCCUCGCCUGGGCCGUCGGCGAUUUCGAGUACGUCGAGGAGUUCACCGAGCGCCGCUACAACGGCAAGCAGCUGCCCGUCCGCGUCUACACCACCCGCGGUCUCAAGGAGCAGGGCCGCUGGGCUCUGUGGCACGCGCCCCGCAUCAUCGACUUCUUCUCCGACAUCUUCGGCAUCGAGUACCCCCUGCCCAAGGCCGACCUGCUCGCCGUCCAUGAGUUCACGCACGGCGCCAUGGAGAACUGGGGUCUCGUCACCUACCGCACCACCGCCGUCCUCUUCGACGAGAAGACGUCCGAGGCGAGGUACCGCAACCGCGUCGCCUACGUCGUCGCCCACGAGCUGGCCCACCAGUGGUUCGGCAACCUCGUCACCAUGGACUGGUGGGACGAGCUCUGGCUCAACGAGGGCUUCGCCACCUGGGUCGGAUGGCACGCGACUGACUACCUCCACCCGGAGUGGCAGGUUUGGUCGCAGUUUGUCAACGAAGGCAUGGAGAUGGCCUUCAAGCUGGACGGCAUCCGCGCCAGCCACGCCAUCCACGUGCCCGUCAAGGACGCCCUCGACGUCAACCAGAUCUUCGACCACAUCAGCUACCUCAAGGGCUGCUCCGCGAUCCGUAUGCUCGCCAACCACCUCGGCGUCGACACCUUCCUCAAGGGCGUGUCCAACUACCUCAAGGCCCACCAGUACGGCAACGCCAAGACCAAGGCGCUGUGGGAUGCCCUCACCGAGGCCUCUGGCAAGGACGUCAACAAGCUCAUGGGCCCCUGGAUCUCCAAGAUCGGCCACCCCGUGCUGACCGUCGCCGAGGAGCCCGGUCAGAUCUCUGUCAAGCAGUCCCGCUUCCUGUCCACGGGCGACGUCAAGCCCGAGGACGACGAGACCACCUGGUGGAUCCCGCUCGAGCUCGAGGGCAAGGUCGGCGCCAAGGGCAUCACGUCGCUGUCUCUUGAGAAGAAGGAGGACACGAUCCGCGACAUCGACACCGAGUUCUACAAGCUCAACUCGGGCGCCUCCGGCUUCUACCGCCGCCUCCUCAAGCUCGGCCAGCAGCUCGACCGCCUCAGCACCGAGGACAAGAUCGCCAUCAUCGGCUCGGCCGCCGACCUCGCCUUCUCCGGCUACGGCACCACCGCCGCCCUGCUGUCCUUCGUCCAGGGCUUUGCCAAGGAGGACAACUACCUAGUGUGGAGCCAAGUUCUCGACUCCAUCGCCCUCGUCAAGUCCAUCUUCAGCGACGACGAGACCAUCAAGAAGGGCCUCGAGGCCUUCACCCUGAAGCUGAUCAACGACGUUGUCGCUAAGAUGGGCUGGGACUUCCCCGAGGGUGAGAGCUACCUCGACGGUCUGCUGCGCAAGAGAGUCCUCGUGACUGCCGGUGUCAACGGCCACGCUGGCGUCACCGAGGAGGCCACCAAGCGCUUCAAUGCCUGGGUUGAGUCCCCCGAGUCCAACCCGCUGCACCCGGCCCUCCGCACCCCCGUCUUCCGCGUCGCCAUCAAGAACGACACCGCCCGCGCGGUCGAGGCCCUCAAGAAGGAGUGGUUCACGACCCCCGCCAUCGACGGCAAGGAGAUCUGCCUUUCCAACCUCGGCUUCGUCCGCGACCCCGAAAUCAUCAAGAACACCCUCCUCCCCUUCCUCUUCAACAAGUCCCCGCCCGCCCCGGCCUCGGACUCGGUCCCCGCCGGCGACAUGCACUCCCUCGGCUCUGCCCUCGCCGGCAACUCGGCCGCCCGCCAGCUGCAGUGGGACUACGUCAAGGCCAACUGGGACGCCUGCGUCUCCAAGCUCGGCAACCCCAUCGUCGUCGACCGCUUCAUCCAGGUCUCGCUCGGCAAGUUCACCGACUUCGCCGCCGUCGAGGACAUCGAGGCCUUCUUCGCCGACAAGGACACGAGCGCCUUCAGCCGCACCCUCGAGACCGUCAAGGACAAGGUCCGCGGCCGCGCCGCCUACCGUGAGCGCGACGCCGAGAAGUUGAAGGAGUGGCUUGUCGCCAACAAGUACGCGUGA